AAAAAAAAAAAGGCAUCUGUUGGGCUCCGCGCGUCUUCCUCGCAUCCUUUUUAGUUGCGAGUUUGCGGUGGGCAGAGGGAGGGAGCAGGAACGCCUGUUCCGAUCGGCAAACACCGAGAGACCAGAGCAUCUCUUUCAGCGGCAAGGAAGAGAAGCUGUCGCAGGAUCCACACACAUCUACAACUCUCUAUUGCUUUUUGUGCAAAUACCUAAGUCUGCCUGACGUCCAUCCAAGCGGGCAGGCAUGGGGUGUCUGGGCAACAGCAAGACGGCGGAAGACCAGGGCGUCGAUGAAAAAGAACGACGCGAGGCCAACAAGAAGAUCGAGAAGCAAUUGCAGAAGGAGCGUCUGGCUUAUAAAGCGACCCACCGCCUGCUGCUACUGGGGGCUGGUGAGUCUGGGAAGAGCACGAUCGUCAAACAAAUGAGGAUCCUGCAUGUCAAUGGAUUUAAUCCUGAAGAGAAGAAACAGAAAAUUCUGGACAUCCGGAAAAAUGUUAAAGAUGCCAUUGUGACAAUUGUUUCAGCGAUGAGUACUAUCAUACCUCCAGUUCCACUGGCCAACCCAGAAAACCAAUUCCGAUCAGACUAUAUCAAAAGUAUAGCUCCUAUCACUGACUUUGAAUAUUCCCAGGAAUUCUUCGAUCAUGUGAAGAAGCUCUGGGAUGAUGAAGGCGUGAAGGCGUGCUUUGAGAGGUCCAACGAGUAUCAGCUAAUCGACUGCGCACAAUACUUCCUGGAGAGAAUCGACAGUGUCAGUUUGGUGGACUACACACCCACAGACCAGGACCUUCUCAGAUGCAGAGUCCUGACAUCAGGGAUUUUCGAGACCCGAUUCCAAGUGGACAAAGUAAACUUUCACAUGUUCGACGUGGGUGGCCAGAGGGACGAGAGAAGAAAAUGGAUCCAGUGCUUUAAUGACGUCACGGCUAUCAUUUACGUGGCGGCCUGCAGCAGCUACAACAUGGUUAUUCGGGAAGAUAACAACACCAACAGGCUCCGAGAGUCCCUGGACCUCUUUGAAAGCAUCUGGAACAACAGGUGGUUACGGACCAUUUCUAUCAUCUUGUUCUUGAACAAACAGGAUAUGCUGGCAGAAAAAGUCUUGGCAGGGAAAUCAAAAAUUGAAGAUUAUUUCCCAGAGUAUGCAAAUUAUACUGUUCCUGAAGAUGCAACACCAGAUGCAGGAGAAGAUCCCAAGGUGACCCGGGCUAAGUUCUUUAUCCGAGACCUGUUUUUGAGGAUCAGCACAGCCACAGGGGAUGGCAAACAUUACUGCUACCCACACUUCACCUGCGCCGUGGACACCGAGAACAUUCGCAGGGUGUUCAACGACUGCCGUGACAUUAUCCAGAGAAUGCACCUCAAACAGUACGAACUCUUGUGAGGCAGCCCUGGCGGGGAGGAGGGAGGGGGCGCGUCUUCUCGCACCUUCUCUCUGCCCUCCCCGCCUCCCCUGGCCACCCUGCCAGGUGGAGCAUUUACUCCAGCACUGUCACCCCCAAGCCGUGGUCAAAAGUAGGCAGUUCCCAGUCUCAUCCAGCUGCCGCCUGUCCUGUUCUGUGUUCGCUCCUGUGUGACCACCAAGCCUCUGGCUACCUCUGUUCCCCUCGGGUUUGGUUUGUAGCUUUCCUCUUCACUGAGCACAACCUUCCCCAGCGUCCCCACUUGUACCCAUCUGUGUCACUGCAGACCACCGCUGUCACGCAGUGGGGUGCUGCAGUGAAGUCUGUCCGGGCGAGGGCCCCUCUUAUUCAUCCACUCAGUGCUUUAUUGAUUCAGUGGGAGCUUUAUAAAUGGGGGAGCAAUGGCCAUUUUUCCGAAUUAUCAAGCAAGGUUUGUAGAAGCAGGGGAACGAUGCGGUCAGGUGGAUAAGUGGCCUCCCUUUCGGAGCUGAGUCGGCCCAAGAGCGAGGCCAGACCUCAAGUCACAGAGUGGAGGGAAACCCUCUUUUCAGUCCUCUUUGAGUCGCUGCCGACCUCAGGCAUUACAUUGGACCUACUUGGAGCCUUUUACAUUUAGGCAGAAAACCUACCACAUCCACCGCUGUCCUGUCUCCAAAUGAUUCUCUAGACUUUGAUUAUGCUUGGACAAGAGUCUCCUUCCAUACCUUGUUGUUGUUGUUUUAUGGCUGGUUUAUUAUAACUGUACAGACCACCAAAUGUAAUAUUAUUUUAUAUAACUCCUUCAAAAGUCC